GCGAGCGCCGGGGCGGAGAUCCGAGGACCCGAGCCGCGCCACCCUCGCCGCCCGGGCCCCCGGGUCUUCGGCGCCUGAGCCCGACACCAUGCCCCAGGAAGUGUGAUCCCUUCCCUGUUUCUGCCAUGGAAGACUCGGGAAAGACUUUUGGCUCCGAGGAGGAAGAAGCGAGCUACUGGAAAGAUCUGGCAAUGACCUACAAGCAGAGGGCAGAGAAUACGCAGGAGGAACUUCGAGAAUUCCAAGAGGGAAGCCGAGAAUAUGAAGCUGAGUUGGAGACACAGCUGCAACAGAUCGAGUCCAGGAACCGGGACCUGUUGUCAGAGAACAACCGCCUUCGCUUGGAGCUGGAGACGGUCAAGGAGAAGUUUGAGCUGCAGCACUCUGAGGGCUACCGGCAGAUCUCCGCCUUAGAGGACGACCUGGCGCAGACCAGAGCCAUUAGAGAUCAGCUGCAGAAGUACAUCCGGGAGCUGGAGCAGGCCAACGACGACCUGGAAAGAGCAAAACGAGCCACGAUCAUGUCUCUGGAAGACUUUGAGCAGCGCCUGAAUCAAGCCAUUGAGAGAAAUGCCUUCCUGGAAAGUGAACUUGAUGAGAAGGAGAACCUUCUAGAGUCCGUCCAGCGGCUGAAGGACGAAGCCAGAGAUUUGCGGCAGGAGCUGGCUGUGCAGCAGAAGCAGGAGAAGCCCAGGACGCCCAUGCCCAGCUCGGCAGAAACUGAGAGGACGGACACAGCUGUGCAGGCCACGGGCUCCGUGCCGUCCACGCCCGUAGCACAUCGAGGACCCAGCUCCGGCCUAAACACACCGGGGACGUUCAAACGUGGUCUGGACCACUCCAACAGUGGGACCCCCCUCACACCUGCAGCCCGGAUUUCAGCCCUCAACAUCGUGGGGGACCUGCUUCGGAAAGUAGGGGCUCUGGAGUCCAAACUCGCCUCCUGCCGGAACUUUGUGUAUGACCAGUCCCCAAACCGGACAGGCGGCCCUGCCUCAGGGCGGGGGAGCAAGAACAGAGACGGCGGGGACAGACGGACCAGCAGCAGCGGCGGACCUCUGAGUGAUAAAGGGUUGGGAAAACGUCUGGACCUCGGGAAGCCGCCCUCACGGUCCUCCUCGCCGCCGCCGCCCGCCCCGGGGGUGGUCAAGCUGUUGUUCUAGGAGCCCAGAGCUGGAGCCCGCCGGAGCGUGCGUCRCCGUCCCCUGCCCAGUAGGCUUUUGGUGUUAGUUUGAGAAACGGGAGCCAUCAGUCACCGUGGUUUGCUGGUGCUGCGUGGCCCAAACCCAGGACCAAGGCUGUCACCUGGGGCCCCGGUGUCAUCCCCAUGAAAUGAUGUCUCUGUCCCUAGUGUCACUGUCAGUGUGCACAUCCCAGAGGCAGGGACAUAGUGGGCCCCUGAGAAGUGUGAGACUGUGGGUGAUGGGGCGCCCCAUGUCAGUGCCGAGUCCCCGUGGCCCUGAGCGGUGCUUCUUGUGUUUGGGUUCCCCCAAGGGGGCGCUGCGCUCCCCUGGGCUCGCCUCCCUGUCCCUGUCGCCUGGAGCUGUCUUCACGGACAGACCCUCCCGGGCCUCACAGGGCCCUGAAAUCAGCCCUGAGCCUGCGUCCAGGAGUGGAGAACGGGGGACACAUGUGCCUUUUCAAACCGUGUCCCRUGCCUCUGGGGCGGUCGCCGGCCUCUCGCUGAGGUUAGACGACUUUCAGAGUCAUUCUCAGGUGGAUCAGGGUCCGUGGGAAGUCUGUCCUCUGGUAAAUGCUYAUCCUGGUCUUCCCGAGUCCUCUGCCCCCGUGUGGGCAUCUGCUUUGGGACCUUGGGGUGGAGUGGCCGCAGUGACACAGCCCUGAGAACAGGACUUGGAAAUAUGGGAUCAUCAUAAGAUAACCAGGGUGGCCUUCCAAUGAGAAAGGAGCGCGAGGUCGCGGUGGGCCUGUGGUGGGAGGAGACCCGCCGUGGGAUCCGGGUCGAGGCGAGUCUGCUCUGCUGGCCGCGCUGCACGCCCCCUUCGGACAUGGGUGGAAGGCACACCCAGCCRCGGGAACCCGCCCAGCCUGGUGGCCCGCUUUCCUGCCGGAUCACCGUGGGAUGAGGACGGCUUCUCGAGUGCUGCCCGAGUUCAGGGGAUUCGGCCUCCGUGCUGGACUUUGUCCCCGAAAGCGUCCUAACCUGUGUCAGUGAAAGAUGGACUUUUAUUUUUUAAAAGAACAAUAAAACCAAGAGGGACCCAUGUGCAGCUGGUUCAUGCCUCGUGGAUCUGCCUCCACGUUGGCUUGUGAGCUU